AUGUCGAUGGAAGUCGGUCGUUCAAAGCCGCAGUGCACCUCGCUCUCCAACUGCAACACCAACCUCGACAAAUUUCAAUUCUCGCAUUGUACGCGAUCUCCCGAAGAGCGCCAGAGACUCGCGACAAUGCUCAUCCCAAAGGCCGACCGCAAGGCGAUCCACGAGUACAUCUUCAAGGAGGGUGUACUCGUCGCCAAAAAGGACUACAACCUCCCCAAGCAUGGCGACAUUGACACCAAGAACCUCUACGUCAUCAAAGCCUGCCAAUCCCUCACCUCGCGCGGCUACCUCAAGACCCGCUUCUCGUGGCAAUACUACUACUACACCCUGACCCCCGAGGGCUUGGAGUACCUGCGCGAGUGGCUGCACUUGCCCGCCGAGAUCGUGCCCGCCACCCACAUCAAGCAGCAGCGCAGCCAUGCCCCGCCCCGCGGCAUGAUGGGCGCCGAUGGCGGCGAGCGUCGCGGCGGUGGCCGUGGCGGUCCCCGUGGCGAUCGCGAGGGUGGUUAUCGUCGUCGUGACGCUGGCGGUGAGCCUGGCAAGGAGGGUGGUGCCCCAGGAGAGUUCGCCCCGAGCUUCCGUGGUGGCUUCGGCCGUGGUCGCGGCGCGCCGCCUUCUUAA